AUGCUUUUCUGGCUGUACCUUCUGCCGCUGCUGGCACGAGGAAAAACUGCUCCCCGCUUCGCCGACUGGUCCAAAGCUCAUGGCAAGACUUACGAGAAUGAGGAGGUGGCGAAGGUCCGGGCGGAGGUGUUCCGAGCCAAUGUUGCUCGAGUGCGGGAGCUGAACGAGAAUGAUCCUGGCGUGACCUACAGCGUUGCCGGGCCCUUCGCUGACCUGGAGCCGCAGGAGUUUGCUGCACGGCUGAUGUCGAAACGCACCGCGCCGGAUGUCACAGCAGAGUCCGUGCUGAUCGCCCCACGUCUUUCGGAUAGCUUCGACUGGACUGACAAAGGCGCUGUUGGCCCAGUGCGCGACCAGAAGGCGCUGGGGUCAUGCUGGGCCGUGUCCACUGCCGAGGCAGUGGAAGGCCAGGUGGCCGUCACCACUGGUAAGCUCGUGCCGUUGUCACCGGAGCAAUUGGUCGAGUGUGAUGCAAGUACGGAUCCAUCUUGUGGCGGAGGCAAAGGGUGUGCUGAUUGCGGCAUGUUUGGGGGCUGGCCGUACCUGGCCUACCAGUACCUUGAAAAAGCUGGCGGCAUGUUCAGUGAAGCAGACUGGCCUUAUUGGGCGACUGGCAUGUACCCUUGCAUGCCACAAGGCUACAGCAAACCUCUCUGUGGCAACCACGACGACCUCUUCUGCAAGGCCAACUCCACGAAAGGUCAGGGCCCGCUGCACCUCUGCCACGCCUCCCAGGGCUUUGCCGUGCGCGUGACGGGUUGGCGGGCGCUCAGCCGCAACGAGAGUGAACUGGCAAUGCAGCUGGUGCAGUAUGGGCCGCUGUCCGUGCUCAUUGAAGCAGACGCUGGGUCUGGAGGGUUCAGGGGUUUAGGGUUUAGGGGGUUUAGGGUUUAG